AUGUCGUCCCGUCAAUUACCGCUCAUCAGCGCAUCCCACGAGCCGCGCAGGAGUCUCACGACCGCGGUGCCGUCGGCGCAAGGAGCCGAGGUGGUAACGAGUCGAGAAAACGACAGAAGCAGCCGACCGGAUGGAGCUACAAUGCGCGGUGCCAGCGGGGAAGGCGAAAGGGACGGGGAGGAGAGAGAAGGGCGGGAGCGUGAGGAUAGAAAUGAGUCGAGAGAGACUGUGGAAGGAGAAGAAGAAGGAGGGGAAGGAGAGGGUGCAUGUAACGAGGGUAGGGAGCACACGGGGAAGAGCGAGGGGGUGCUGAGAAUAGAAGGAGCCGCGGGGGAUGAUCUGAGGGCUAGGCGCAGGAAGAGACGAGCGGAGAAAAAGGCAAGCAGAGCAGAGUCAACUGAGUCAACGGAGUCAACCCCCAGGCGCGUGUCCGAGUGGCGCACGCGCCCGCUCGUCCCGCACGGCGCGUCCCAAUGGCCGCAGAUCCAAUCCCUGGCCGCCACGUCAGCAGGCGCCAGCCUGUCAAUCGACACGAUCUUCGCCGCCCUGGGCCUCCCGCCACUCGCGGACGGCCACCCGCUGCUGCCGGUGCGCGUUCGGCAGCACGUGAACCCCUUAAAGACGUCUCUAAUGGCGCCGCCGCUGCCCGUGGACUGGUCGGCAGUGUACGAGGAUCCGACACUACCUCUGGUGGUAGAUAUUGGGUCGGCGAGUGGGCGGCUGGUUUUGGCGCUUGCUGUGCGGGACUGGCGCUGGCGCGCACAGCAGCGAGGGGAGGAAGGGGAGGAGGGGGAGGACGGGGAUGGGCCACCGUCGCUGUCGUUCCUCCCCUCCCCACCACUGAACUUUCUCGGCUUUGAAAUUCGCGACAAGCUCGUGCAGCGCGCCGACACGUGGCGCCGCCAGCUGGCGCUGCGCAACGCGCACUUCGUCGUCGCCAACGCCACGUCAGCACUUGAAACCGUACUCGCAACCUACCCGGGACCGCUAGUAGCCGUUUCCAUUCUCUGCCCGGACCCGCAUUUCAAGAAUAAGCACCGGAAGAGGCGGGUGGUGCAGCGGGGGUUGGUGGAAGCGAUUGGGCGGGUGCUGGUGCCAGGUGGACACGUGUUUGUGGAGUCUGACGUGGAAGAGGUGGCUGCUGACAUGUACCAGCAGUUUGCGGGGUGUGGGAGGGGGGGAGAGGACGGGGGUGGUGUGAUUUUGGAGGGUGGGGAUGAGAGUGAGAGAGGUAAGAGCGGGAGGGAGGAGAGUGAGAGUGAGAGUGGGAGUGAGGGAGUGGUGGAGAGUGGAACUAACAGUGAACGUCUGCCAAGGUUUAUUCUGUGCGACCUUGUUGCAGCAGUAGGAAAGAGUGGGGAGGAUGAAGAGGGUAGUGUGCAGCAGGAGUUGGCAAGUGGGGAGAGGGCAGGGGAGGGGAGUGCAGAGUGUGGAGGGGAAUGCAGGGGAGGGAAUAAGAUGGCUGGGUUACAACCCCCUGGGGAUGCCGAGUGA